AUGGAGGAUUACAUUCACCAUUCCAUGCCACCAAUAAUUGCUGAGCAGGCAGCUUUGCGUCAAAUUGAAUCUAUAAUUAAUCAGAAUGGUAAGACUUUAGCUGAUGUUAAUCUUCCUACUUUAGAUGAGUUUUUAGAUUAUGUCCCACAAAAUGAAGAGGAAGAUGUUCAGGUUUUAAUUGAUGAAGCAAAUAGGGUUAGACCAUUGUUAAAUGAUAAUCAGCGUCAAAUUGCUGAUGCUAUCCUUUCUGCUCUUAGUGAGCAACCUAACAAUGAAAACAAGCAGUCUAGAUUGUUUUUUAUAGAUGGCCCUGCAGGUUGUGGUAAAACAUUUACAUACAAUUAUUUAAUCGCUGAAACCAGCAGUAGACAUAUUAUAACUGCAACAGCUGCAUGGACAGGAAUAGCUGCAACUCUUUUAAAAAAAGGAUGUACACUUCAUGGUUUGUUCAAACUUCCUGUGCCGAUUUUGGAAAAUAGCACAUGCAAUGUAACUCCAAAUUCUAUACACGGAAAAUUCUUGAGGCAAGUUAGCCUUUAUUUACUAGAUGAGGCAUCCAUGAUACCUAAACAUGCUUUAAAUGCCAUUGAUAAGUUACUUCAAGACGUUUGCAAUAACAGGUUUCCUUUCGGUGGUAAAGUUAUUCUUAUGGGUGGGGAUUUUAGGCAAAUACUUCCGGUUGUAAAGAGAGGGCAACCAGCUGAUAUUGUUGAAGCCUGUAUAAAAUGUUCUCAACAUUGGCAAUAUGUUCAGCGAUUUUCAUUAACAGAAAAUAUGAGGGUUCAGGCCGAAGAAGAGGAAUUCUCUCAAUGGCUUUUAAAACUUGGUAGUGGAACAUUACCUUUAAAAGCAGAUGUAGACAAGAUUUUUGGAGUUGCAGAAGAAGAUGAUUAUGCUAAACGUGCCAUUUUGACACCCAAUAAUGUUGAUUCUUUAGCAAUAAAUGAAGAAGUUUUGGACCGUUUACCAGGUGACGUUAAGGUUUAUUUAAGUGCUGAUACUAUUGAAACAGAUGAUCUUAACAAAAUCAAUAAUUUUCCUGUUGAGUUUUUAAACAGUCUUACUCCAUCAGGAAUGCCUGUUCAUUGCCUAAAGCUAAAAAUUGGUGCUGUUAUAAUGUUACUUCGAAAUUUAGAUCUAAAAGCUGGACUUUGCAAUGGUACCCGAUUGAUAGUGCGUGCUCUACAAAAUAAUUACAUUGAUGGGCAAGUUCUAACAGGUGUUUCAGUUGGCAAGAGGGUAUUUGUCCCUCGAGUUCAGUUAACACAAUCUGAUUCAAAUUUACCUUUUACUCUUAAGCGUCGUCAAUUUCCUGUAAGAUUAGCAUACUCAAUGACCAUAAAUAAAAGUCAAGGUCAAACUUUUGACAAAGUUGGUUAUAUUUUGUAA